CUAGAUAGCACGAGGCUAGAUUGAUUUACUCAGAGUAAGAAGUUGCCAAACGUGGAUGGAAAUGUGAUUCAAUUUUUCAAAAUCUAUUGCAGUUGGAGAGUAUCCCUACACUAGUCAUGACGGAAGAAACAGAAAAGGUUUAGCUCUCAAAGGUAUGGAGGGACAUGAGGAGGAGAGACUGUGUGGGAAAUGGAGGGUUGCCUGCGGCUUGUACAGUUACAACUUGAGGGAUGUCUUCACAUGGCGUCUGCUGAAGACCAUCCUCAUGGGGCAGGUCUUGUCCCUGCUGAUCUGUGGGACAGCAGUGAGUUGUCAGUACCUGGCUGACGCUGGAGUUGAGACGCCCAUGCUGCAAAGCUUCCUCAACUACGCCCUGCUGCUCCUCGUCUACACGACCAUCCUCUGCACCCGCAAAGGUGAAAGGAAUAUCCUACAAAUUAUAAAAACCAAGUGGUGGAAGUACUUGGUGAUGGGUCUGGCAGAUGUGGAGGCAAACUAUGCAGUUGUGAAGGCCUACCAGUACACCACCCUCACAAGUAUACAGCUGCUGGACUGCUUCGUGAUCCCAGUCCUGAUGGUGCUUUCCUGGUUCUUCCUAAAGACUCGCUACAGGCUGGUCCAUUUUGUUGCCGUGGGGGUGUGUUUGUUGGGGGUGGGGGCCAUGGUGGGAGCUGACAUCCUGGCUGGAAGGGACCAGGGAUCCACCAGUGAUGUGGUGCUGGGAGAUGGUCUGGUCCUGCUCAGUGCUGUCCUCUAUGCUGUAUCUAAUGUGUGCCAAGAGUACACAGUGAAGAACUUGAGCCGGAUUGAAUUCCUGGGCAUGAUGGGCCUCUUUGGGACCCUCAUCAGUGGCAUACAGCUAGCUGCACUGGAAACCUGUGCAGUAGCAGCAAUAAAGUGGGACUUUCACAUUACCAUGCUGUUUGCAGUCUACGCCCUGUGUAUGUACGCACUGUACAGCUUCAUGCCUGUAGUGGUGAAGAUGACCAGCGCGACUGCGGUCAACCUUUCUCUGCUCACCGCCGACCUCUUCAGCCUCUUCUGUGGCCUCUUCCUCUUCCGCUACACAUUUUCAACCCUGUACAUCGUCUCAUUUGUCGUCAUUACUGUGGGUUUUAUCCUGUUCAACGCUGUUCCCACAUACUCGACUUUACCGGAGUCCGGCUCCAGUGAGGACGACCCCGCCGAGGUGUUCGCUGAUGACACAGUGGAGAGCUCCUCGGACCGUUUACUGUCUGCAGGGACAGACACUCAGAGAGCCGAGACACUAUCGGCUGUGACUGAAGCAGACUGAAGAAGGCUAAACGCUGAUAGACUGAAACACUCACAGGUGUGUUUUUUCCUCCAUUAUAGGUCAUUUUGAGGAGGAUUCUCAGUUUUAACUUUGACAUUUCUACAGAAGUGCAUGUUUUUUUAUAAUCAGCCUUAAAGUUCACCAUUUUAUAGUAUUUUGCCUUUUUUCAUAUCAAGGAAAAGGCAUUUGGAACCAACACAGUCACAUCUCCUUGCUUGUGUUAGCUAACAAUUUCCGUUGACACAUUUUUCAUUCUUAUUUAUGUUUUAAGUAAUUCUUUAUUAACAGUAAUCAAAUAUCUGUUACUGUACUUGUAGUAGAAGUCGAUGUGUUAACAGUGUUUCCCACAGGAUUUCAUUAGACUGUGCUAGGGGGACCAGAACCAAUUAGGGGGUUCCAUGGGCAUGCCCCCCAGGGAUAUAUAUGUUUUUUUACAUUCUUGUAAGUGAAAUCCAUCAAUUUUUUGCACUUUGAGAGCUAAACCUUACAUCAUUUUUUGCUGUAAAAAAACAAAUUUGAUGGCAUUGCAAAUUCUGGUGCCACUAUUCCAUCAUACACUGAUCUUAAUGAUUUCAUAUUUUGAUGAGUCCAGAAUUAUUGUAGAGAAUAAGGGUUCUUGUGUGUAAAUUAUGUGGUGGAUUUUGUUAUUUUGAGCACAUGGAUGCUACAUUUGUUUAGCUACAGGAAGUAAAUCAUUCAGUUAGUAAUUCAUACUAUCAGUGUACAGAGUUUAGCUCACACACACACACACACACAGCUUGAAAUGUGAUGUUAACGCAGCAAAUUUAACCAUGGCAGGACAGAUUACACUAUAAACUAUAGCGGGCAGCCACAGUCUAGAUAAUCAAUGGGAAACACUUGUUCAACAUAAUCAAUGCACUGCUAUUUAUUGUGCCAAAACUGAUGUUACUUCCUUUCUCCUUUUUUAUAUUAAUAUAUUUGGUAUUUUAUAAAAUGCCUCAGCCACUACUGUAUGAUGUCAUUGUUUUUAACGUGAACACAAGCCAGUCACAAAGUUGUAUUUAAUGUUUGUUGCCUACGCUGCUAUCACAUUUUUUUUAACCAAACAUGGUGUAAAUCAGUGGUUCCUAAACUUUUUCCUUCAGGGAACUCUUUUCUAUCAUUGAGUAAAAUGAUGACCCCUGACUAAGUGACAUAUUUUUAUAUUUAUUUCAUAUUAUAUUCAAUGCAUAACAAUAGCAGUACAGAGCAAUUGGUAAACUGUGCAAUUAAUCCAAAAAGAAUGCAAUAACUACUGCGCUUUGGUUGUUUUAACUUUAUUGUUUUAAUAGAGGACGAGGCUGUUUAGCAGAGGAAAGACUGUUAAUGUAGCUUGUGUUCAGGUCCUCAUCAUGCUCUUAUCCUGUGAGUUUUCUUAAAUAAUCUUUAUUUUACGUUUUUUUACUUGCAUUUGAUUUUGCUUUCUUCAUAGAAAUGGGUUCAAUGCUAAAAUACAGGCAAACUGUAUAUUUAAGGGGCUGUACACGACAUUCAGAACAUCAAUAAAACAGUAAAUGAAUAUUCACCAUGUAAAUAUAUAGUGGAGUAAUGACCAGAGAAUGAACUCCCACUCCGUGUGUGUGUGUGUGUGUGUGUGUGUGUGUGUGUGUGUGUG